CACUGACUGUUACCUAUGACUGUUUCCAAAAAUUAACACGGGAACCGACUAUUGUGAACCGACUUACGGCUUUUCUAACCACGUGAAGAAAUUUAAAAAAUAUGGUAGUAUUUACCUGUAAUCAUUGUGGAGAAAGUUUACAGAAACCAAGAGUUGAAAAGCAUUACGCAUUUGUUUGUCGAAGAGUUAAAUUCCUUACUUGUGUAGAUUGCUUCAAAGAUUUUAGAGAAGAAGAAUAUGUUACACAUACAAAAUGUGUAACUGAAGAGGAGAGAUAUGCUGCAAAGGGGUCAAUGCCAAAUGGUGUUAUAAAAAAGGGUGAAUUAAAGCAGGAAUCAUGGGUUGACAUGAUAAAGUCUAUUCUUGACAAAGAACAUGACUUAAAACCUUCUCAAAGAAACUUACUAGAAACUAUUUCAAACUAUAGUAACAUUCCUCGGAAGAAACCAAAGUUUUUUAAUUUUAUCAAAAGUUCUUCUGGUGGAAGGGUAAAUAUGAAAGACGUAGAAGAUGUUUGGAAUAUUAUAGAAAAAUAUAAGAUAAAUAAGUCAUCUCAGAUAAGUAAUAAUAAAAAUGGAACAGCGACUGAGACGCAAAAUUUAAAGUUAGAAGAAAACUCCAACAAAAGAAAAAAAGAUAAAACAAUUAUUGUUGAACAAGGGGAAUCAAAGAAGAAAAAGAGAAAAUAUUCAAACACUGAAAAUGAGGUAACUGAUAAUAAAGAAGACUCUACAAAUGGACAAGAAUCACCUGAUGCUGAAAAGUUUAAUUUUCAAUCAAAAAUACUUAGUGUGCUAGAAUCAAAAGGAACUAUAUCUUUAAAGAAACUUGAAAAAAAGGUCAUAAAUGCUUAUCUUAAGCAUUCAGGUGAAUCUGAAGUUACUCCUAAAAUUAUAAAGAAAUUUAAUAAAAAAUUGAAAAAAAUAUUAAAUGUAGAGCUCACAAAUGAUAAUGUAUCAUUAAAACAAGUGUAAAUAGGUAUUAGUGAAUAAAUCAUGCAAAUAAUAAUUGUAUAU